AUGGGCAAGGAGAUAGGCCGCGGCAGCUACGGCGUCGUCGUCGAGUGCACGCACCGCCAGACGGGUCAGCGCUUCGCGUGCAAGAUCGUGAGCAAGGCGCGCCUCAAGAGCGUGCUCGAGCGCCAGGUGCUCACGCAGGAGAUUGCGCUCAUGCGCGCGCUUGCGGGCCAUCCCGGCAUAGUGCGGUUGGAAGGGGUGUAUGAAGAUGCGUCGGACGUUUUCAUGGUUAUGGAGUAUUGCAACGGUGGGGAGCUUUACCAGAAGAUUUUCCAUGAGGGGAAGAUGCCCGAGCCGCUGGCAGCGCGGGUGUUCCGCCAGUUAUCCGACGCGGUACGGUACUGCCACGCGCGCGGCGUCAUGCACCGCGAUUUAAAGCCCGAGAACGUCCUGCUGCACUAUCCGAACCGCCCUGACGGCGCGACAGCCGGCGCGGCUCUCAACAUGCGCAGCGAGGCAAUGGCGGCGAUUCAGGUGAAACUUGCUGAUUUCGGGUUGGGUCUCGUACUGCCGCCGGGCGUGUUCGCGACGGUGUGCGUGGGCAGCCUUAUGUACGAGGCGCCGGAGGUGGUGCUGGGCGACCGUUAUAAUCACAAGGCCGACGUGUGGAGCCUGGGCGUGAUUCUUUAUGUGCUUCUAUCGGGCGGGCUGCCGUUCAUGGACAAGGACGACCGUCGAUUGGCGCGCAAGAUCUGCGAGGGGCGGUACGAGAUGCGGUUCAGCCCGUGGCCGUUUAUUUCCGACGACGCGAAGUCGCUCGUGCGACGUCUGCUGGUCGUCGACCCGAAUCGUCGCAGCAGCGUCGAGGAAUUCAUCAAUCAUCCAUGGCUCGUCGCUCAUUGCGGGCCCGCCGCGCCGAUCGUUCUCGACGGCUCCGAGGUUCCGCUUCCCCGCACGCCCUCCGCGCUCUGGCGCGCGGACGCGGGGUCGGUUUCCGCUGCUAUCCGCGCCGCCCUUCCCAACGCCAGCGUCGCUGCCGCGGCUGCUGCGGCGGCGGCGUCGUCUGCAGCGUCAUCGGCGGCGGCUGCUGCCGCGGCGGCGGCUUCUCAACUGAAGAGCGACGUGUGGGCGCCCAUGGGCCGGCUGCCGGCCGUCAAUCUCAGCCGAGGCGCGUGGGGAGUCGGCAGCAGCGCCGGCAACAGCAGCGAGAGCGGGUCGUCGUCCGUACCGUCCGAUGCGCCGCCCUCAAGCGUCAUAGAGGCAGUUGCGGCGGCAGUGGCGCGGAGAAACGGCGCCGCGGACGACUCGAGCGCAGAGGCGGCGGAAGCCGCUCCGGCUGUUCCUGCCGCCGACGACGCUUCGCCGGGUCGCAUCCUCAUGACGUCACUGUCGGAGCCAGUCACCGAGCCGCCCUCGUCGCCGUCGUCAUCGUACGCUUCCGCGCGUUCCAACUCGUGGGUCGAGCCGCCAGCCGCCGCAGCAGACGGCGCGAUGGACGACGGGCUCGAUCUGCCGCCUGCCGGCCCGCGCCGCCGCAUGUGGCGGCUAUGGCGCAUGCGGUGGAUGAAGCGCGGGUGGCGGCUCGGCCUGAUGACGGGCGUGCGCGGGGCUGAGAAGUUGGACGCGGGGGGAGAGGGGGCGGGCGCACGGCUUCCGCGGACGCGCGCGAAUGUGUUCGGCGCGUGCUUUGGGUGCUUCUUUGCGCAGCGCGCGGACUUCGAGACGAGCGCGGACAGGCUAUGGGAGGUUGAGGACGAGGCGGGGCGGCCCGUGACUGUAACGGGGGACGCUGCUGGCGCUGUGACGAACGGGCGUGAUAAUAACGGGGGAGGGGCGGCGGAAGCGGGGGAGGUGGCUGGGCAGCGGAGGGGGGGAGAGGGCGGAGAGAGGGGGGCGGGGAAGCGGGCGGGGAAGGCCCCCAAGGCGUAUCAGAGGCUGGCAACGACUGAGGAGGCGGGGGAAGCGGGGGAGUGGGGAGGCGCGGAUGGGGAAGGUGGAGAGGAGGCGGGGGGAGUGCAGGUACGGUGCAGAGGGGGGAGGAUGGGUGAGAGGAGCAAGUGGGCGGCGCUGAGGGCAACAGAAACGUGA